AUGGGAGCCUAUCUGUCCCAGCCCAACAUCAGCAAGAUCUCCGGCCAGGGCGGCAGCGGGAAGCUCAGCUAUGGCUACUCCGCCAUGCAUGGAUGGGGGGUGUCCAUGGAGGACUCCCAUAACUGUAUCCCGGAGCUGGACAGGGAGACGGCCAUAUUCUCUGUGUAUGAUGGUCACGGAGGUGAAGAAGUGGCCUUAUAUUGCUCCAAGUACCUGCCGGACAUUAUAAAGGAUCAGGAGGCGUAUAAGGAUGGGAAGAUGCAGAAGGCUCUGGAGGACGCCUUCCUCUCCAUAGAUGAGAAGCUGACGCUGGAGAGUGUAAUAAAGGAGCUGUCACAGAUGACUGGGCGGCCGAUCAACGACCACGAGGACAAGAAUAAAGUAGCCGAUGAGGAUGACGUAGACAAUGAAGAAGUGGUGCUGCGGCAUCAGGAGGCCACCAUUUCCUUGGCUAACCCUGGAGAAUCUCACCUGCUUCUUAAUGAGAAUGCAGAAUUUCCCGUGUGUACGAGACAGCAAGCAAUACUAUUGAAGUGA